AGAUUUGACAGUUGUGAACACGUGUUGAGAACGGCACAGCGAGAUAAGCCGAACGAGAGAGGGAUAUCGGAAAAGCAUCAAUUCGCACGCGAUUUCGGCACAAAACGAUAACAUUUGAAACCGUUUCUCCGCCGAGCAGCAUGACAAUUGAUUUUGCUCCUGGCAUCGCAGAUCGCUCGAAUCAACGCUGUUCGCGUUCGCGACAUCCAUGACGGAUAUCGACGGGUAGCGCGACGUGUAAUUUACGACGCGAUUAUCAGCAUCGCGACAGUGCUCCGCUGCACGCGGCACAAACGGUUCUUUUCUCGGAGAAUACUUACUCAGCUCAUCCGUAGCCGCUGCCAUUUUGAAAAAGCCUAUAAGAGAAAGCGAAUGCGCUUAUCCGAUUCCCGAGAGUUACCCGUGAAAUUACGCGCAGAGUGCAGCGACGCCGUAACGCAGCGAGAGCCCGACGUUAAGGUCGUCAGACUGCGUGUUUCAACGUCGAUGUAACCUCGCGCGUCAAUUACCGUGUAAUAUAAAAUCGUACGUUGCGUGUUCGCACCCUUUUUGCAGCGACUUCGACGUCGUUUUACAUGAGGGCGCUAAAUUUCGAUGAGAUAAUUAGAGAUAUGGAGCUCCUUGAAAUCGAGCAAAUAAGAGUUUUAACUAUCAACAAUGAUGAACAUCUAGAUGGGAUACUGUACAGACUGGAGAAAGGAUGGACAGUGGAGUUUAAACUCGGGGCUUCCCUUCUUGGAAAAGCGCUUAAUAUUUUUAUAAAUCAUCCAUUGUCGCCUGAUAAUCAUUUCGAGAGACGUACUUACUAUCAACUGCAGUGGGUUAGCGAAUCGGCUGGAGUAACGUGCAUAAAGUUAACUUUAGCUGGUUCAUUCCAUUAUUAUGCCUCUGAUCAAGAGGGAAAAAUUGUUGCUUCUGGUUACUUGCUGGUGGAUCCUGUACUGAAAGUAGGCGAAGAUGAGGUGUUACCUUUGGAUUGCAUUCAGAUUCAGACAGUCUUGGCAAAGUGUCUAGGACCUCUCUCUACGUGGGACAAGAAAUUAUUAGUAACUCGAAAUUCUGGGUAUAACGCGAUUCAUUUUACGCCGAUUCAGGAAUUAGGGAAUUCUAAAUCGUCCUAUUGUCUAAUGAAUCAUGCAAAUCUCAAUCCUAUUUUCGACGAUGAUAAUAAUAGCCCAUUCACUUACGAUGACAUUAAACGAUUUGUAAAUAAGAUACGAACUGACUGGAAGAUGCUGAGCAUAUGUGAUAUUGUAUUAAAUCAUACGGCAAACGAGAGUCCUUUUCUACUUACUCAUCCAGAAUGCACGUAUAAUUGCGUGAACAGUCCUCAUUUACGUCCGGCGUACAUCUUGGAUUCGAUGUUGGUCGAAUUAACGCUUCAAGUAGCCGCUGGAGACUGGGAGUUUAAGGGUAUCCCCAAGUUAAUCGAGACCGAGGAUCAUCUAAAUGCGGUUCGUCAUGCUCUGCACACGUAUUUUUUGCCGAGUGUGAGGAUACACGAAAUGUACACUGUCAACGUCAACAAAAAAGUAGCGGAGUUUUUGGAAUUUGCGCGCAAUUGUAUGCCGCAGAAGCUGCCAGCUAUAUUUCAGGAAAUUUCAGUGAUACAAAGCCCCAAUUUCGGUAGAUUGACGUCAACCGUAGACAUGGAAUGUGCCCUAAGGAAAUAUAAUACUUUCAGAGUCGAUUGUUACGAUGAAGAGACUCGUUUGAGACGAUGCGCGGAAGAUUUCAAGAAUAAAUUGGAAGAACUCAACGAAGCUAUUACCAACGACAUACAGAUGCACCUAAACGCUGCCGUUGAAAACGUGAUUGCUAAUAUAAGGUAUCACAGAGUGGCAACAGAUGGGCCAAGGAUUAGAGUAAUUAGCGCAAGGUCUCCUCUGGUUCCUAGAUACUUCACUGAUUACACAUCUGUAGAAGAGCUCACUCUAGAAGAAAAAGAAGAGAUAAUGUAUUCGAGCAACGGGCGUUACCUGAUGGCUCACAAUGGUUGGGUCAUGAAUGGCGAUCCAUUAAAGAAUUUCGCGGAUCCUGAUUCGUAUGUCUACCUUCGAAGGGAACUUAUCGCCUGGGGAGAUAGCGUGAAGCUCAGAUACGGGACGAAACCAGAAGAUUGUCCUUUCCUAUGGAAUUACAUGUCGACCUAUGUCAUGCAAACAGCGGAGAUAUUCGAUGGUGUUCGACUAGACAAUUGCCAUUCCACACCGAUCCCUGUUGCGGAGUAUAUGCUUGACGCCGCACGACAGGUCCGUCCAGAUCUCUAUGUCAUCGCAGAAUUGUUUACCAACUCCGAUCAGAAAGACAACAUCUUUGUAAAUCAUCUCGGCAUUUCUUCUCUAAUUAGAGAAGCUAUGUCUGCGAAUCAUAGUCAGGAACAAGGAAGAUUAGUGUAUCGUUAUGGGGGAGAACCAGUUGGAGCGUUCCUGCAGUCGCAAAGGCGACCGCUAGCACCAAGCAUAGCUCACGCUCUCUUCAUGGAUGUGACCCACGAUAAUCCCUGUCCAGUGCAGAAACGAAGUGUUUUUGAUUUUCUUCCAAGUGCCGCACUCGUGUCGAUGGCGUGCUGCGCCAGCGGUAGUAGUCGCGGUUACGACGAAUUAGUGCCUCAUGACAUACACGUAGUGGAGGAGGAGAGGCAGUACACUGGCUGGAAAGAUGACGUCAAGCUAACACGGGAGUUCGUUAGCCCGCAAAGUGGUAUAAUUGCAGGUAAAAAAGCGUUGAACGAUUUACACUACAUGCUUGGCCAGCAAAAGUUUUCCCAGGUAUUCGUUGAUCAAAUGGAUAAUGACAUAGUAGCUGUAACGAGACACUCGCCAAGUACCCACGAGAGUGUAAUCCUGGUUGCGUUUACAGCAUUCCAACACCCCGACAGCAAUAAUCACGACCUGAGAAGACACGUGAGACCACUGAGAGUGGAGGGUGUAGUAGAGGAGAUUAUAUUGGAAGCUUGGCUCUCGCACGUUGAUGCCAAAAGCGGCAAGUCACGUUUCUCUCCCAUCUCGAGAUACAUAAAGUGUAUUGACUACAUAAAUGGAUUGGCCGAAUAUAAAUUGCAUCUUUGGCAGCACAUACAGUGUUCCGACUCGUCGAUAGUCAAGAAGGUCAAUUCCGGUGAUCCUCUUAUCACGCAGCUCGAUUUCGUGAACUUUCAACCUGGUAGCAUCAUAGCUAUACGAGUGGCUCCUCAUGCGAAUAUAAGACCGGCCCUAAGAAAGCUCCAUGAUACUAUUUCGGAAAUGAUUCUUUUAAACGAGGAAUCAGAGUUACAGGAUAUAAUUCAUAACAUGGAUUUCGCAGAUUUGAACGUUGCCUUAUAUAGAUGCGAUCAAGAAGAACGAGAAGACACGUCGAAUAAAUUUGGAGUGUACCACGUGCCGGGGUACGGGUCCUUGGUGUACGCCGGACUUCAAGGUAUUUUAUCCGUGCUGGCUGAUAUUCGCUCAGAAAAUGAUUUAGGAAAUCCUCUGUGUGACAAUCUUAGAAAGGGUAACUGGAUGAUAGAUUAUACGUGGCAGCGUUUGAAAGAGAAUGAAGGUACGAAGCCUCUUGGAAUGUGGCUUGAAGAAGCAACGAAACCAUUUAAAGUGCUUCCGAGAUAUUUAGUGCCAUGUUAUUUUGACAUAUUCAUCGUGAACAUUAACUUGCACCUUCUCAGUCGGUGCUACACUUUGAUGUCAAAUUUUGUUAAAUACGGAAAUACGUUUGUUAAAAUGCUGAGCUUGGUCUCGGUACAAGUGGGCGGCGUAAUAAAAUCGUCGCAAUUACCGGAUCUAUCGCCGGAUCUCGAUCCACCGAAGCCGAAAAUUAAGGACGAAAACGGAGAGAAGAAGCAAGUGUGUUUAACAUUAUCGGCGGGUUUGCCACACUUUGCAGUAGGCUACAUGAGAAACUGGGGUAGAGACACCUUUAUCGCCCUCAGGGGAUUAUUCAUUCUAACGGGCAGGUAUGAGGAAGCGAGAUUCAUCAUUCUCGGGUAUGCUGGUACCUUGCGACAUGGCCUGAUACCUAAUUUGCUCGAUAAAGGAUACCACGCCAGAUACAAUUGUCGUGAUGCCGUAUGGUGGUGGCUGUAUAGUAUAAAGUGUUACAUUGAGGAGGCCCCGAAAGGUAUAAACAUCUUAUCUGAUAAAGUUUCAAGAUUGUUCCCGACGGACAAUUCAGCAGCCUUAGCCACAGGAGAAGAACAACCGUUAUCCCAGGUAAUGCAGGAGGCUCUCACAGUACAUUUCCAAGGACUCUUCUUCAGAGAAAGAUUUGCCGGGCCAAAGAUCGACGAGCACAUGAGCGAUCGCGGAUUCAAUAAUCAAAUCGGUGUUGAUCCGGAUACUGGCUUUGUGUUCGGUGGCAACUCUUUCAAUUGUGGCACCUGGAUGGACAAGAUGGGAUCCUCGGAGAAAGCCGAUAACAAAGGAAAGCCAGCCACUCCUAGGGACGGUUCGGCAGUGGAAAUAGUCGGCCUAAGCAAGUGCAUUCUCAAUUUCCUGGCCGAAUUGUCGAGACAGAAUCUCUUCCCGUACAGCGACGUUCGUCGUGUCGGUCGUGACGGUGUUGUAACAAAUUGGACUUACGUACAGUGGGCCGACAAGAUUCAGGCGAAUUUCGAGAAACACUUUUACGUGAACGAGACUCCAACGAGCGAAGAGUCUGAACUGAUUCAUCGACGAGGCAUAUACAAGGAUACUUACGGAGCGCAGCAAGUCUGGGCGGAUUAUCGGCUCCGGCCCAAUUUCGUCAUUGCUAUGGUUGUCGCUCCAGAAUUGUUCAACCCGUAUCACGCUUGGACAGCAUUGAAGAUGGCGGAAAAGAUACUGCUGGGCCCGCUGGGGAUGAAGACACUAGAUCCUGAAGAUUGGGCGUACAAUGGCUAUUACGAUAAUUCCAACGAUGGUUGUGAUCGUAAUACAGCGCACGGGUUUAAUUACCAUCAGGGACCCGAAUGGGUUUGGCCAAUAGGCUAUUUCCUGCGAGCACGCUUACAUUUUGCAAAUUUAGUCAGCGGAACAAACGAGUUACGUCGCGUAAUCGAAUCGACUUACAUCAUCAUUUCGAACCACUAUAUGGAACUAUCUACCAGUCACUGGAGGGGCCUCCCCGAGCUCACCAAUGAGAAUGGAAGCCAUUGCGAGGGCAGCUGUCGCACGCAAGCGUGGAGCGCAUCGUCUCUAAUGGAGGUACUCUACGAUUUGCAAAAGAUCAAAGAAAAGUUGAAAAUUGAUGAAGACAGAGCCAUAAAUUGAUGCAAUUCCGCGUGUGCUCACCACCACCAGUUGCACCUAGAACAAUUAAACUCAGAUACAAAAUGUAGUAGCGCCGGAGAUACAGCUGGCGACCAAAGUGCGUGCUUUCCUGCCGGAGUGGUAGCGACACCGCACACAUCGGAAACACACGCAUUUCAUAUCCCACACUUAGCCAUAGUGAACGCGCAGUCCCGCAAAUCCGCGGUUGCUGCUGAUUACGCACUUGUAGGGAACGACGAUGUCGCAGUUGACACCGAAUUAAUUUCUACAAUCGAUAGGAAACACUUACAUAACACAAAUUUCGAUAGUCCGUCUGACGGUCUUCCGUAUCGUACCGGCAACUCGAUGGAGAUUUCAUCGGACGCUCAAAGAGCUCGGGGAGCUCAGGAUCACGCGGUGAUAGCGAACGAUGACGGAAGCGACGGCGAAGCGGCGAGUGUUCGAGUUCUGUCAAACAUUGAUCACGAAGAAAUCGAAACAGCCGAGGAGCUAGGUAGGCCGUGCAAGCGCGACAUCCGAGAUCACUACGAGAUGCAAUGCAGUCCCGACACGGCGAGGAUGCCGAUGAACGCGCUUCCGUUUCCACACCGUAGCGAAAUCUACGAGAAACGUGCGAGACCGAGGAACAGUCCGGCGUACACUGAUCGUCUGGUUUACGCGAAGGAGUCAUCGCUCGCCGUGGAAGUGGUCCCGUGUCAACGGGACGACGUCGCAUGCUUCAAGUAUUCGCGGGAGGGAUCCAACGACAUCCUCUGCUCGCAAUACGACCGGAGCCAUGCUUGUAUGCCGGUUUAUAAUUACGCGAGGACCAACGCUGCGGGUAUAUUUUAUUCUCACUGCUGGCCUCGGGAUAUCUUCGACCUGAAGACGCCGUUAAAUCCUAGCAUCCGCGUAAUUGGCCGCGUCGCUGACGACAUCGUAGCAAAUACACAGUUGUAUCGCUGUGCAAAUAAUUAUCACGCGAGAGUACCGAAAGCCGGCUACGCACCUAUGAUAUUUUACCGCGAGCACGGAACUGCAAUGAGUCGCACAAAACGCAUUAGUUGCGAUAACAAUGGCCCAUCGAGUCCUUUGAUUUAUUUAUCGAUGCAUCGAUCACAAAAUGAGGAUGAAGACGACACGAAGAAACAUCGACAGAACAGAAGUCUGUUGUUGCUGGAACCGUUGUUAAUGCCGGAAUUCGCGAGUUCUGGGCAUAAAAAGAAUAUGAAGAAUCGUGUUUUGCGUGGAUCAAAACGCGAAAUUGUUAUAAUAAUAAUAAUAAUCUACGUGUUACGUUUCUCAUUCUUGCUAUAGUGCCUCGUUAUACUUUGGCUAUUUUUCUCAACUGUCUUAUACAGUUGCUGAUUAAAUUUGUUAUAUUAUGAAAUUGUUUAUGCGAUUGUCUAGGAAAUUUUAUAUUUAAAACUGCUACGUGAUACUUUAUUGUCAUUAAUUUCGCAUUACAUUCGUCUCUACCGUUGCCACGAAAUGAUCGAAAUCGGAUAUAUGUAUAAUUUAUAAUUUAUAUUUUAUUGUUACAUAUUGUACUCAUACAUGCGUUUUACUGACGCUCUCUACGUGAACAGUUAAUCGUAACUGUUCUCUGCGGUAGACAAAUUAUUAAUUAUCUUAAUCACUAAAUCUGUAUCACUAUCAGCAAACCAUCCGUGAGUCUAUCAAAUUGGACAUACACGAGAUGUGAACAUUAUGAAUUUUAUAUAAAAGCUCGCAUAAUUUCUACCUCUUAUAUAAUUUAGCAUGUGUUUCAUAUGUUUUAAAGCAAAGGGAGCUAUGGGUUUUAAUUAUUUAUUGAGGUUGCAAAAUCUUAUUCGAGACGCGUUCAUAUAUAACUAUGAAUCGAAAAUUUAAUUUUAUCAAUUGUUUUAUCAAAUGUGUAAUAGUUCCUACUGUUAAUUGCAUCACAAUAAUUGGAAAUGCAAAAAUAUUUAAUGAUGUAUAAAUUAUAUGAAAUGUUGAUAAAUUUACAUGAUUGAAACCUCCAUACAGUUCGUCCUUUUAAUAUAUACGUUAAAAAACAAGAGUCUAUUAGAGAAUAUUUUUUUAACUUCUUGAAGAUGCAAUCUACGGAUUAAAAGUCCUAGAUUUAUAUUCUUGUAUUAUGUAUAUGAACGGGAAAUCUAUAAUGAAGGGUGGUUUAUAUAUGAUAAAAGAUAUCCUUUGAUAGAUACCAAAAAUGUCAUUAUUGUAUUUAUCAGAAUGCUUUCGUGAUAAAUGUUUAAGAUUUUAAAUUAGUUGUGCACAUAUUUACAUGAUUAAUAUGUUUCAUCGUAUGUUGAUUUAUUCUUACUGAACUUUUCAUCUAGUUUAAUAUGUAUAUAUUUGUUUGUUAUUUCUAUCGAAUCUAUUUAUUUAGAGCACAGAAUCGAUUAAAACAAAUGCAAUUUAUAAAUUAAUAUUAAAAAAGAAAUGUCAAAAUCGAAUUAUAUUAUAAGAGAUCAAUAGAUAUGUGCAUAGAUCAUAUGCCAGGAAUAAUAAAACUAAGCUUCAAUAAAUAAUAGUUUUAGAUGUGUAUACGACGAUGUACAUGUGUAUAUACGACAAAAUAAAUAAAAAUUAUUUAUUAGUAUCAACAUAAACCGAAUCAUACAGAACAGAAGAUAAAAAAUUGAGACAUAAAACUAUAUUUUUCCUAAUAAACGUAAUAUA